CUCGAAAGUCCCUUAGGAUGACUCUUAGUUGUAUAAGCCUCUAGAAGCCUACGGUUCUCCCAGCCGUUGCUAUUAUCGCCGUGCUAUUAAUACCAGUAGAGUUCCAUGCAUUCUGGUUUACUAGUUCCACAUAUUGAUCAUGUUAAAUUUAACGACAUCACCAAGUGACUUUAUUUAUCGCAGGGCUCAAGGUUCACCCGUUGCUUCACCCACCCGAGAAGAUCCAACCAUGGAAGCAAGCCCACAUACGAAAACGACCGGCACUAAGUCCCUACCGGUCACCGCUACCGAAUGGGAAGUCGUUGAUCCCCAAUUCUCGCCGUUGUCACCUGGGGAGUGUCCGUGUUUUACCCCUCGCCCGGAUCUCCAAUAUUUGAAGAGAGAAAAUGGUCAUCGACAACCGCUAUACGACAAUAACCAUCCUCCACCGGAGCAAAUAGAAAGGCCGAGGCCACGCUCUCCUCAACCGUAUCCUAUAGAGUCGCCACCACGCAUCUUCAAGCCCGAGCCAGAUGCACACUUGCCCCAGGCGGCAAACCAGCACCCAUGGCCAUCUACACCUCCUGCACCCGCCCCAUCGCGUACAGACGGCCGAACUCUCUCCAUAGCCACAUCCAGCCGCACCGUCAGCAUACCCAGCAGCAGCACAGGGCCCAUCGUGGACAUCUGUGCGACGGCGCGCGCUGUCCAUGAUAUAUGCUUGCAAGCGACGAGGACGUACCUCGACACGCAUCUCGCGAAUCGGCGUGCUCGGGCUGCUAGUCAGGGUUGGUCCGUGGCUUGUCAUGGUGGUGGCAGUGGGAACAGCAGUAACGACACUGGCACGAACAAUAGUAGUGACACCACCAAUAGCAGCAGCAAUAAUAAUAGCAAUACCUGUACUCACAACUCCAGCUCCAGCUCAAACGCCAUCCCUCCCUCAACUCAGUCCCUCCUGCUCAACACAAGCAGCAUCUGCAGCAUGCUCUGGACUGGAUCGCAACGAGACCGUCUGCACGUCCUCAACGUCGAGCGGCUCGCGAUCGAAUCCAUGGGGCGACUGAUGCACUGGGCAGAAACCGUGGCCCUCGGCAACGAGGACGAGUGGCGGGUAGCCAAUGAGCAGGCGUUGUGGGAGGUACUUGACGCGGGGAGGAAUCUGUGUAGCUGGUUGGGAGUCCCGGAUGCGGUACGGGCGAUGGAGGUGCUGGAAGGGGAGGUACUAGGGGAGUAUGGGAUUUAAUAAUAAGAGCUAGGGGAUAGGGUGACGAUGAUGGAGAUUGUAGCGUCGUCGCUAAGCGGAAGUAAAGUAAAGUAAAGCAAUGGCGAGCGAAAACGGCGAGUAGGAACGUCACGUAGGUGAUUGAUGCGAAAUCGCGAAAUCUUAUAGCUGUACAAAGAUCAGCACUAGUGUAGCAAGACAGUCUUUAGGACCGACGGUAUCACUAUCAAGGACAAUAAUUA